GGCUCGUGAUUGGCCCUAACCCGUAUCCGGUGGGGCAGCGGUCCAGGGCUGGGGAAGAAACCAAACCUACGCGAGGAUCUCCAACUGUUACGCUUUGCUAUAAACCUUUUAUUCCGAGUCUUUAACGAGGGGCUCGGUGGGAUUUUGUAGAUCAUCCCAGGUCAGAGGUCAAGAGUCGGCAAAUCAGCGUCCCGGUGGAGGUCAUGGCGUCAGGCAGUACGAGUAGCGAGGAGGAGCGCAGCCUGCGCGAAUGUGAGCAGUACGUGCAGAAGCACAACAUCCAGCAGCUGCUGAAGGACUGCAUUGUCCAGCUGUGCACCUCCAGGCCAGAGAGACCCAUGGCCUUCCUCCGCGAGCACUUUGAGCGGCUGGAGAAGGAGGAGGCCAAACAGAUCCAGAACCAGCAGAAGGCCGGCAGCUCCCGGUCCGACUCGCGGGACGAGGAGGUGUCCCCGCCCAUGAACCCCGUGGUCAAAGGUCGCCGGCGAAGAGGAGCCUUCAGCGCAGAGGUCUACACAGAGGAGGACGCCGCAUCCUACGUCAGAAAGGUCAUUCCCAAAGACUACAAAACCAUGGCGGCGCUGGCCAAAGCCAUCGAGAAGAACGUGCUCUUCUCCCACCUGGAUGACAACGAGAGGAGUGACAUAUUUGAUGCCAUGUUCCCCGUGACCUACAUCGCCGGGGAAACUGUAAUUCUGCAAGGUGCCGAAGGGGACAACUUCUAUGUCAUCGACCAGGGGGAGAUGGAUGUGUACGUGAACAACGACUGGGUGACGAGCAUCGGAGAAGGGGGCAGCUUCGGGGAGCUGGCGCUGAUCUACGGCACCCCGCGGGCCGCCACCGUCCGGGCCAGGACCAACGUCAAGCUGUGGGGCAUCGACCGCGACAGCUACCGGAGAAUACUCAUGGGAAGCACCUUGAGGAAGAGGAAGAUGUACGAGGAAUUCCUCCGCAAAGUGUCCAUCUUGGAAUCCCUUGACAAGUGGGAGCGUCUGACGGUGGCCGACGCCCUGGAGCCGGUUCAGUUCGAGGACGGACAGAAGAUUGUGGUCCAGGGAGAGCCCGGUGAUGAGUUCUUCAUCAUACUGGAGGUUUGCACCAACGGCUCUGCAGCAGUGCUGCAGCGUCGCUCAGAGAACGAGGAGUUUGUGGAGGUGGGGCGGUUAGGACCAUCUGACUACUUUGGGGAGAUUGCCUUGCUGAUGAACCGGCCCCGUGCUGCCACCGUGGUGGCCCGGGGGCCUCUGAAGUGUGUCAAGCUGGACCGGCCCCGCUUCGAGAGGGUUCUGGGGCCCUGCUCGGAUAUCCUGAAGCGCAACAUCCAACAGUACAACAGCUUCGUCUCACUGUCUGUCUGAGUUUCGACGGGGGGGACCCUGACCCCCUUUCUCCAUCCAUCCCAGAUGUCCCCCACUCCUACCUCCACCCACCGCCUCUCCCCCACCUCCCCCUCCCCCCUCCCCUCUUUUCCUCUUUCUUUCACUCGGGUCCACCAAUGCAAUUUUUGCUUUGCAUCACUUUCUUCUCUCUCUACAGUUUCCCUUUUCGUUUCUUUUAUUCCGUCCCUGCACUUAAAGCUGUGCUUUUUUGGGUUGUUGUUACUGAAGGCCAACCGCCUUGCCGGUGUCCCGUCACCCUACAGGCGUUGACACAACGACAUGCUAGCCACUCCAUCAGUGUACGAGCAGAAUCGCCCUUCCUUUACACUUGUGAUUUGGUAGUCGUGAUCAUUGUUAAUUUUUUUUUUUUUUUUUUUUUUUUAAAGCUUUGUAGGACAAUCAAAUGGGAAGCUCCCGUUACACGUUAAUUCCCUCAAGUGGUUGAAGUGUAAAAACUAAAAUGAAGAAGAGGAGGGGCCCUGAGGGCCCCUUGAGCAGCACUGGAUGAAGAAUUGUGUUGUUUAUGUUUGAGUCUCGAUUUGACUUUCUUUUGUUGUGCUGUCGAGCAAGACUGAAAAAAAUAUUAAAUCUGAUUUACUUUGUUGUGUAUGGAUUUUAUGGGGGCCAAUUAUGUGUCCCUAUAAAACAGCUAGGUUAUAAUCGAUGGUUAAGCUAAUCAUUAGCACCUCCCAAUUAGGGUUUACUUUUUGGAAGCCGUCCCCCAACCCCCACAUGGACCCCCCCCCCCCCCCCCCCCCCAAUCCCCCUUUUUUCUUAAUUUGAGUCUGGAUUUUAAAUAAGACCGGAUGAUCUUUGGAUAGCAAAGGCAUAUAAUAUAUAAAAAAAUAAUAUAUACAAACACAUUUUGGCUUCCCACCUAUACGGCAGUCAAGUGUUGCUAAGGGACAUAAUGUAGUCCUUUUGUUGUCCUUUGGUAACCACAGACUUUAUAUUAUGUCUCUAACCAAAUCCUAUGGUAAAAAACCCACUGUCUUCAAUGGAUGAAUCUGAACAGAGCUCCAACAUAGCAUUCUACUGCGGUUUUGGGACUUCUAGCCCAUGGGCUCUAUUCUAUUGGACCUCAUUCGAGAGCUUGUACAGACAGUGUAUGGUUUAGGCUGUUUUGCUGUGUAACUACCAGACUGGUGCCAAAUGUUACCCAGGCCGUCGUCAAACCAUAAUUAUGCACUCUGGUCCGUAUUCUGAAGUUCAGGAGGGUUCAAAAAUGAACGAGGAAGUGAUUUUUAAUGCAUUGACCUCCAAUUGGUAGAAUCAAUAACCAUGCAAGAACUGCCGUGGAACAUUCGAAGGGUAAAAUGAACAUUUAGUAUUGCGUGUAUUUCAGUAUUUUUCCGACGUUUUCAGUAUGCAUCAAAUAAUAAUAAUCGCUCUUCUGCCAUGGUUUGUAAACAACACAAAUGUUAUUGUAGAGUGACUCCAAAAGAUCGUAGUAACUUUCAACGCAGACCAAUGGUCAACACGGAUGUUGCCAUGGCUACGAUCUGAGACGGUGGCAAACGUAUAUAAACAAAAAAAAAAAGUGUUUCAAUGUCUUUUUAAAAAGCUUAUUUUUCCAUGAAUUCUAUUUCAGGUGUUGAGUGCCACAUCGUACCGAAAUGCUUAUUCGAAACAGUAUGUAAUGUGUAGUGUGUAACGUCAUGGUUUAUCUAUUACUUUCCCCCCCCAAGCAAAUGGCGUAUCACAAAUAAUAGAAAAAAAAGAAAGAAAUCAAAGUAGAUGAUUAUACAGAUUCAUGGCUUGGAAGUAAAGUAUGUAUCUAUAUAUAUAUAUAUAUAUAUAUAUAUAUAUAUAUAUAUAUAUAUAUAUAUAUAUAUAUAUAUAUGUGUGUAUAUGUGUAUAUAUAUAUAUAUACAUGUAAUCUGAGGGAAUGUAAAUGUAGCCUGAGGUGAGGCGACUGAGUAUGAGGACUUCUUGAGUAAACCUGAGGUGGGGAGAAUGUGUGGCCGGUGAAGGCAGAUCUUAUUACCACCACAAUAGCUUGUGAUUUCCAUGCUUGCUGUGCGUAGUGUGUGAGGUGUGAGGGCCCCUGAGGCCCGCUGUGAAUGGCUGCGUGUUGUAAGGAAGCACGCUGACCGCUCUGCCACUCAAAAGAGGCAGAGUAUUUUAAAUAUAAAAGUUUUGAUUAUUUGCUCCCUAGUUUGAACUGCUUGGUAACUUUUAGAUGGUGUAAUAUCUGCUUCUUCUUUUUUCUUAAUAUAAAUGCAUCUCCUGUUUUAUUUUUUAUGUUACUUUAAGUUACUCACACAGACUGGUCGACAUCUGUGUAAUAGGUCUAAACUUCAUUCCUGUCUUCAUUGCUGUCUGCCUUUAGCGGCUUUUAUCCACAAACUGAUCAGUAUGCUUUUACUUUGAUGUUUCUUUCCUCUUCAGUGUACCAAAAUGUCUCCAUUUUAUGCCUAUGUACAAACUGAUGGAUUUAUGACUGACUGACACACUGACCAAUGGAAGGGCAGAUCGAGCGAUUGCGUGUGACUGUGCAAAGACGUCGUGGCUUUGUGCUAUGGGAGUGUACUUGUAAGUGACACCAUUGUACUUUUUAUUCAUUUUUGAAAACAAAUAUUAUUCCCUUCUAUUUCUGCAGAACUGCUUGGUUACAUUUGGUUAUCGUGUCAUCCGCUGUUUUUGAGUUUGUAAAACAAAAAAAAACGAAACAAAAAACAAAUUCCUAAUCUACAGGAAAUGACACUGUUGGGGGCGCGGUGUAGGGUUCGUCACUUUGACCUUUUCAUGUAGAGAGAGCGUUGGAUUUACCGUCCGUUUUUCCUGGAUAAACAUUUUAAUCACCCCCCCAAUCGUCCCAGUUUGCCUUAGCUUACCUUACCAGGGCUUUCAGUAGUUGACCGUCACUCCUGCUAGCUCCGACUCGAGCAAGUGUGUUAGGCCCGCAGCGAUAGGAGCUGCCGGCUGUCAGAGGACCAUUCUUUUUCUAUUCUGCCCUUCGAGACUGUAUUCAGUUCUUCUUCCUUUUAUGUGCAAAGAUGUUUUAUCCUUUUGGUAUAGAUUGUUUCAGAUGGCAAUUUAAGCAAUAAAAAUAAAUAAAAAAGCG